AUGGCUGGAGGCUGUGCACUUCUGUUUUUGGCUGGUGGAAGUGACGCUGUUGGAGGAGUGCAUGAGGGAUUAACUCCAGUUGUUGGUAGCUUAAUUAGCAAUAUGGCUCCUGUACUGUUCCGUGGAAUUGGCCAUUCUGUAAAUCCUGCUAGUACUUUGGUCUUGAAAGUAUUGUCUGCUUCUCCUUCAGCUUAUUCAGCAAGCCCAAAAACUAAGUUGUCAACUCCUUCCAUCACAGGCUCCACAAUUGCAUUGGUUUCCGUUGUGCAGGCUAGAAAUAAUGCUCGCAUGUUGAUCUCUGGAUCGUUGGAUCUUUUUAGUAACAGAUUUCUGAGAUCUGGAGUACUGAAGGCUGGAAGCUUAAACAAGCAUGAGAAGUCUGGCAAUGAGCAAUUCGUGACAGAAAUCAGCAAAUGGGUCUUUCAUGAGAGGGGCCAUCUAAAGGCUGUAAAUGUGACUCAUCACCGGGUAGCAGAGUUGGCUGAGCCUGCAAUGUACCGUAUCAAUGAUGAUCUGGAAUAUUCUAUUGAAAUCUAUGAAUGGUCUGGAUCUUCCUGGAAACCAUAUGUGUCAGAUGAUGUUCAGGUUCAAUUCUAUAUGAUGAGCCCUUAUGUAUUGAAAUCUUUGUCCACUGACCUAAAGGGACUUUAUUUUACAUCAUUCAAGGUUCCAGAUGUUUAUGGCGUCUUCCAGUUUAAGGUGGAGUAUCAGAGAUUGGGGUACACAAGCUUAUCUCUUUCAAAACAAGUAAGUAAUAUCAUUGUAAUCUUGUUCCUUGGAUGUUUUCAUUAAUACUUCUUUUGGGAA